GUAACGCAACGCUUCCUGGUAUUCUGCAAAUGGAGAAAUAAAGUUGUUUUUAAACCUGUGCUGCGGUGGGAAAAUCUGGCUUCAAAAUGCCACCCAGAAACGGCUGCAGUCUGGUUCUGGUCGUCGCGUUGUGUCUUUGUGUAACUGCACAUUGUGAGUUUCCCACUCUGGACCAUAUCAAACCGAAAGCCAGCGGCAAAACACAGGGGAUAGCAGUGGUCGAGCUGUUGAAACGCCUGCUCGGCAACAGAUCCACGGAGUUCAUAGUGUCAGUCAACAGCAGCCUGUCCAACGACAGCCUGGAUGUGUGUGAGCUCAGGUCAACCAAAAAUAACAAGAUUGUCGCUACAGGCAACACCGGAGUGGCCGUGGCUUCUGGUAUCUACAACUAUUUGAAAUAUUUCUGCAACUGCCAUGUUUCCUGGUCUGGUGACCAGCUGGAUCUGCCGCGUCCCCUGCCGAAGCUCACCGGCGUCCUGCGCAUCAACACACCGCAUAGGUUCCGCUACUACCAGAACGUCUGCACUUUUAGCUAUUCCUCUGUGUGGUGGGACUGGCCUAGAUGGGAGAGAGAGAUUGAUUGGAUGGCGCUGAAUGGAAUCAAUCUUCCGCUUGCUUUCACCGGCCAAGAGGCCUUGUGGCAAGAGGUUUACCGUGCUCUUGGGUUAAACCAGUCGGAGAUUGAAGAGUUCUUCUCUGGCCCGGCGUUUCUUGCCUGGAACCGAAUGGGAAACAUGUUCAAGUUUGGUGGACCUCUGCCACAGUCCUGGCAUGUGAACCAGCUCUACCUCCAAUUUAAAAUCUUGGAGCGAAUGAGAUCCUUUGGCAUGAUUCCAGUGCUGCCGGCCUUCUCUGGGAACAUUCCCAAGGGAAUCCUCAGGCUGUAUCCAGAAGCAAAUGUAACAAGAUUGGGCCCUUGGGCUCAUUUCAACUGCAGCUUCUCGUGCUCCUACAUCUUGGACCCCCAGGACCCACUUUUCCUCCAGAUCGGAUCCCUCUAUCUGUCCCAGGUGGUGAAACAGUUUGGGACGGACCACAUCUACAACACUGACACCUUCAAUGAGAUGACUCCACCUUCCUCUGACACCACCUACCUGUCCGCUGUCAGUCGCUCUGUCUUUGCAUCAAUGACUGCAGUCGACCCUCAGGCAAUUUGGCUGAUGCAAGGCUGGCUGUUCUUCAGUGAUGCAGCAUUCUGGAAACCAGCCCAAAUUCAGGCCUUACUACAUGGAGUGCCCCUUGGACGAAUGAUCGUACUGGACUUGUUUGCAGAGACCGAGCCAAUUUUCUCCUACACUGAGUCUUUCUAUGGACAGCCCUUCAUCUGGUGCAUGCUGCAAAACUUUGGGGGCAACAGUGGUUUCUUUGGCACCGUGGAGAGCAUCAAUUCAGGACCCUUCAAAGCCUUGCAUUUCCCAAAUUCCACCAUGGUCGGCAUCGGCAUGACACCUGAGGGCAUUGAACAGAAUCCUGUGAUAUAUGAGUUGAUGAGCGAACUGGCUUGGCGUAAGGAGCCAGUCAACUUGGCCAAGUGGGUGUCACUGUAUGCAGUACGCCGCUAUGGCAGCACACAAGAGAACUUAACCGCCGCAUGGAGGCUCCUGUUUGCCAGCGUUUAUAACUGCACUGUGCCACAUUACCGAAAUCACAACCAUAGCCCAUUGGUGCGCCGGCCUUCAUUUCACAUGAAUUCUGGCCUUUGGUAUGACACAGCUGACUUGUACAAAGCCUGGAAACUGAUUAUUGAGGCAGCUCCAUCUCUCAUGUCCAAGGAGACCUUCCGGUAUGAUCUUGUGGAUGUAACUCGGCAGGUUUUACAAGUUCUGACAACAUCAUUUUACCAGGAUAUUGCAAAUGCUUUCCAGAACCAGAAAUUGCCAGAGCUGCUAACUGCAGGUGGGGUGCUGAUCUAUGACCUCUUGCCGGAGCUCAAUCGUUUGCUGAGUAGCGAUCGAAACUUCCUGUUGGGGACGUGGCUUGAGCGGGCACGAUCCUUAGCCCUGGAUGAGAAGGAGGCACAGCUCUAUGAGAUGAAUGCCAGAAACCAGCUCACUCUAUGGGGUCCCAGUGGUGAGAUCAUUGACUACGCCAGCAAAGAGUGGGGUGGCCUCAUGGAGGACUACUACGCCCAGCGAUGGGGCCUGUUUGUCCACACACUGGUGGAGUGUCUGGACAGUGGACAGCCAUUUAAGCAGGACUCCUUCAACCAGGCAGUUUUCCAGGUAGAAAAGGGAUUCAUUUACAACAGCCGAAAGUACCCUACCGAGCCUCAGGGAGACAUGUAUGAGAUUGCCCGCAGGAUCUUCCUAAAGUACUACCCACAGGCCUUGAAGAGACUAUAGUGAGCAGAGACUACAUUUUGGAAAAACCCGACUCAAGUUGCAGCAAGAAGAAUGUCUUCCUCCACCUCCAGUUUUCCAUGGAUAUCCCAAACAUUAAUGAAGACAAUCAUGUUUUUUUUUUUUACAUGUGGUAAAAUCAGUGGUGGAAAGUUGUGCUUACUGUAAGAAAAAAUGGAUUUACACCUAACAUGCACUCUGAUCCUUUAUAAAUGAGGAGAAGGAAAGUAGGGUAUGAAGGCAAUGAAGACAUGCUGGUAGUUCACAGAUGACUGUGAACAUGUUGAUUUAGUCUUGAAGGAUUAGUUCAACAAUUUGGGAAACACAUCCAGCAGAGACAGAGAAACAUUAAAUUAGUAUGCAUUUGGAGUUCUGUUUGUGGCCACAAGAUAGAAUGUGUUAAUUAGAGAGUUUUUUGACUCUGAUGAAGACUCUUCUCCAGUCUUUUCUCUCUGAAGUUUGCUAUCCCCAAACCCCUGAUCCAGCUGAACAUUGCUGGAGGAUGCACAGAAAACCCCAUUUUACUGAGAUCGCCAUGCUGGCUGUUUCCCCCUGCUUCCAGUCUUUAUGCUAAGCUAGGCUAACCAUGUCUUGACUGUGGAGAUAAGUAUCUAUCGUCUCUCCUCACUCAGAAAGAAAGGCAAUAUGCACAUUUCCCAAAAUGUUGAACAUUUCCUUUAAAUUACAGGCACUGCACUGUACAGUAACUGCAGGUAGUAGAUGGAUAUUGAAAUGUUUGGCCAUCUGGGAACAUGUAUUCAUUAAUUAGAUACAUUUGAAAUAUGAAUAUUGUGCCUUACUCUUCAAAGUGACUGACCAUACUUUAUGUUUUUAGACAAUGCACUAAGUAGCAUCAGAACAACUAGGCUAGCAGCACAGUUACCAAACAAUUCAGAUGGUUUUGAUCUUGUAUAACAAUUCUCUACUUAAUUUACAAUUUCAUGCUCAUGUGGUCAGUGAAAUUGGACCGUUACACACCUCAUUCACUAAUAUGUCUGUAGAAAUGAUCUUACCGUAAAAUUAACGUUGGAUUCAUGACACGUGCGCACCGGCCAAUUUUGUUCCUACUACCACGCUUAUGUUAGCUAAUCAGAAUCGUUCUAAAUGGAAAGGCGUGUGCCCCCCAUUUCUCUAUAUAAGGAAAGCUCUAUUGGAGUGGUGCAGCAAUGGAGAGAGCUGUCACUCAUUGUAAAGAGGGCCAUGAUGGUAAAAAUGUAGGAAAACUUUACUGCUAGUGAAAUGCAAACAAUAGUUUCAGAAGUAGAGGCCAGAAAAGGCAGAUUUGGCUGGUAAACAUGUCAUUGACACAACCGUUUGGAGCCUGAUUGUGAAGCCUGUAUACAGCCCGCACAUCUGUUGCACCACUACCAUGCAGUGUGUCCAUAACAAAAUAAAAAGUUGGUAAAUAUGUAGAUCUGUGAAAUUGAUCUAAAUAAAUCUCUACAGCUGCACCAGGUGUGCAUCAUGUUUCAUCUCUGUCUAUAACAGACCGUGAUGUACUGAAAGCAGAGUAUCCCUCCCUGUGCCGCUACUAAACUGUCAGGCUGAAAGGAACACUGAACAGGCUGCUGGUUAACCAGCUGUAUAUAUCACGACCAGAUCUGAUGGGGGAAAUGAAUCGAUGUCACAUUCUAGUAUGGAAAUUCUGAUAUAUAAGCCAUUGCCAUCUAGGAGUGGGAACAGGACAAUUUUAAUAUAUUAAUAAUUUUCUUACAUUUAUGAUGAUGAUUUAUGGAUUACAAUGUCUUAG